AGUAUAUUCAUUUGAGUAGGGUUUAAGGUUACUUCCGGUCCCAGAUUCAUCAUCAUUCUAAAAGUAAAACCUCAGAACUCAGAACCUGAAUCCAGAAAUGGCCUCCUUGUUCUGCAGAUCAGCUCUAAAGGUGGGUUCAACUUCAAGGUCGUCUUUGGCUUCUUGUUCCAAAACCCUAAACCCAAAAUCCCUAAUCCCCAAAUCAAACAUUCCUUCUACUCCUGCCUCUGCCUUUUCUUCUUCAUCCACCACCAUUCCUCGUGCUUCAAGGGUGGUGUCGGUGUUGGGGAGCGUUGAGUCAAUGAUGCCACUUCACAGUGCCAUAGCUUCAGCUCGGCUCAAAUCCAACAUUGCUAUUGAUUCCUCUUGCUGGAGCUGGCUUUCUCAGGGUACUUCAAUUUCAUGACUUGCAAUACCAUUGUGACAGGGGCUUGCUGGAUCUUGUGGGACAAUAAAGCCAGGAUUUAUUUCAUUAUCAGUCUGUGAAAGGAACAGAAUCCUUCAAAUCUUGAUUUUCUGGUCUUUAUAUUGUGCAACAUCUGCAUAUCAAUUUCAAGGGUUUUCUUGGAUUUUAUGUAAUAAGAAUCCGCUGGUUAAUGCAGUGUGGAUAAUGGAACUAGUGACUAGGGAACCCCUAAUGUUUUGCUAUGCUUAUCCAAUCAAUCUUGGAGUCAACAUCUUAGUUU